AUGUCCUUGUUCUGCUCACUCUAACAGCCCGAUGGGAGUGUGGGCAGCCAGCUGGGUGCUGGCCUAUGCCCACCUGUGAAGGUGGCAGGGCCCCUCAGGAGUGAGGAAGGGACGCCAGGAGUCGCCACCUCCUGGUUCAGUAGUGAGCGUGUACCCAACACGGAAGGAAGCUCCUACCUGAAGGCAGAUCCAAGUGUCAACAUGCUCUGGAUCGGAUCACCCUGGGACAAGCCCACUGUUUACAUUUUGUAGACCGAGCACUCUGGUGUCAGCUUCCCUCUGCCUUUGUCUCUUACACCUGAGCAGCCGAAGUCCUGUCCACACAGAUCCUGAGCUGAGCAGUGACGCCAAACCGCAGCCCAGGGAAGCUGUGAGCUGCUGCAGAGGCUUAGACCAGUGUCCACUGCUGGCUGCCCUCGCCACGGCCACUGCAGGCCAGAGCCAAGGCCACGGACUUCCCUCUUCAGGAUGUCCAGCCAAGACUCCAGCAUCGUGGCAAAACUCAUCAAUGGCGGCGUGGCAGGCCUGGUGGGGGUGACCUGUGUGUUCCCUGUGGACCUGGCCAAGACGAGACUCCAGAACCAGCAGGGAAAGGACAUCUACAAAGGAAUGAUUGACUGCCUGAUGAAGACAGCGCGUAUGGAUGGCUUCCUGGGCAUGUACCGAGGGGCCGCAGUGAACCUGACCUUGGUCACCCCCGAGAAGGCCAUCAAGCUGGCCGCCAAUGACUUCUUCCGGCAGUUCCUCAUGAAGGAUGGGAGGCAGAGGGACCUGAAGUUGGAGAUGCUGGCCGGCUGUGGGGCUGGCGUAUGCCAGGUGGUGGUCACUUGUCCUAUGGAGAUGCUCAAGAUCCAGCUACAGGACGCUGGCCGCCUGGCUACCCACCACCAGGGCCCGAGCCCAGCACCCACCCCAUCCAGGUCCCACACCACCGGCUCAGCCUUCACCCCCAGGCGCCCAUCCGCCACCCUCAUUGCUCUGGAGCUGCUUCGCACCCAAGGCCUGGCUGGGCUCUACAAGGGGCUGGGCGCCACUAUCCUCAGAGACAUCCCCUUCUCUGUCAUCUACUUCCCGCUCUUCGCCAACCUGAACCACCUGGGCCACAAUGAGCUGGCCGGGAAGGCCUCUUUCACCCACUCCUUCCUCUCGGGCUGUGCAGCUGGCUCCAUUGCUGCGGUGGCCGUCACGCCUCUGGAUGUUUUGAAAACCCGGAUCCAGACCCUCAAGAAAGGCCUGGGUGAGGACAGCUACAGUGGCAUCGUAGACUGUGCCAGGAAGCUCUGGAUCCAGGAGGGGGCGUGGGCCUUCCUGAAGGGAGCAGGCUGCCGGGCGUUGGUCAUCGCCCCGCUCUUCGGCAUUGCGCAGGGUGUCUAUUUCAUCGGCAUCGGGGAACACGUCCUCCAGUGCUUUGAUUGACCUGGCCGGCCGAGCUCGGACCCUGCCGACCUGGGACGCACGGCCUGUCUGUGCUGCCUGUCACCCUUCCUCUAACCAGUGGCGCUACCUCAGUGUCCUUAUUCUAAUGCACAAGCAGGUCCAGCCCUCCUCGCCCCUCACCCCUCUUGUAGCUGCUUGGGGGCCCCUUCAGAAGCCAACCCCUUGACCAGUGUCACCCGUGGCCUUUCGCACCACAGAUAGUAGGCCGCUUCUCAGGUUUACAUUUCCCACCACACACCGGGAUGCAGCAUGUGUGGCAUCGUUCGAGUUCACCUCCUUAAGGCUGACUUGGUUUAAUGGCUGGACCAGAGCACUGAUCUGGGUGGGGAAGAGGAGAGUGGUGGAAGUCCUUAGAGCUGGCACUCAGUAGUCUUGUCACUAAGAGGGGCUGAGGGGUCAGGGGGAGCUGAGCAGUCAGGCCUGUCCCCCCUCUACCUGGAGUGCAGACUCUCAUGGACCAAUGUACCUGAAACACUGUUAGAAUAAAGCUUGACUAGUUCAA